AUGUCACCUACAGCGAAGGAUUAUAUAUACGCCUAUCGAGGUCUCUACCGAGCUGUGUUACAUGCUGUACAAUAUGCAAAGCCAGCACGAUACAUGGGAAGAAAUAUGCUGAGGGACGAGUUUCGCAAGGGAAAUCCGAAAACUUUUGAUCAAGGACGAAUCGACAAUACUAUCAAAUUUUUGAAUCUUGCGGCGAAAGAAAAUGGUCUUGAGCACAAACUGGUCAAGAAUCUAUUGAGGGUAAAGUACGAGCGUGGGAUUCAAUGGAAAGCGCAACUCAGGGAAAGACAUCCCAUGCAGAUACAUUUGAGGAAAAACAGCAUGACACAUUACGACAAAACUAUUGAAAUGCUUAACGAAAGUAUGGGACUAUGUCUACGUUAA